ACCCCCAGAAGCGACUUUGCCAGCGAAAUACUAUCGUUUCUUGAAAAGGUUAUACAACCACUCUCUCUCUCUCUCUCCCAAGUCUUGAUUUUCUCAGUCAUGGAUAGACAACGCCGUGAAUUGACGUUCUUGCACUCCCGCGGCGGCUUCCUCCGGCAAAGCCCCGCCCCACCCCCCGACCAAGCCAUCGCGGAGAGCUCGUGCAGCGCUGGCGACCGCAAGCCUCCCAUCAGAGAGGUCGAUUUCUUCUCAUCAGGUAAUCGCUCCAAGCUCAGCAGCGACGAGGAAGAGAGCAAGAACUGCAAAGGACGAUCGACAUCGACUCUAUCCGAUCCUGGCACUGGACUGAACCUACUCUCUUUGAAUUCUGGGACGACCGCCGCUUUAGAAGAUGAUCCUAGUAACAACGAUACUGAGAUGAGGAUGCUCCGAUUGGAGCUAGAGAGACUGCACGAGGAGAACCGCAGGCUGAGGAGCAUGUUGGAUCAGAUCACCAAGAACUAUGGUCAUCUCCAAGCUCAGCUCCUGAUGGCCAUGCAGAAACAAGCCCAUCUUAAUCAGCGCGAACAGCAGCAGAGGGACGAGAUGACCACCAUGUCCAGCCCCACAAAGUCAGCGCAACAGCUCAUGGACCUUCGGCCAACAUGUGCGGCCAUGGACAACGCGAACGAUGAAGAGAAGACCCGCGAAGUGUCGGACUCUCCAACCACUACCAUGGAGGUCAUGUCCAAGGAAAGCGACCACAUUCACACUCCUCCACUCAAUCACCCCAAUAAUAAUCACAAUAUCGAGGACGGCGACCGGACCUCCCAGAGCUGGGGCUCCCCAAAGAGCCCGAGGCUGGAGCCCUCGAAAGGCGGGGACGAGCAGCUGGCCGACCCGCCCUUCAGGAAGGCGCGAGUUUCGGUCAGAGCGAGAUCGGAAGCACCAUCGAUUAGCGAUGGUUGUCAAUGGAGGAAGUAUGGUCAAAAGAUGGCCAAGGGAAAUCCUUGUCCAAGGGCCUACUAUCGUUGUACGAUGGCCGUUGGAUGUCCAGUUCGCAAGCAGGUGCAAAGAUGUGCGGACGACAAGACCAUCCUCAUCACCACCUACGAAGGCAACCACAACCACCCACUUCCUCCGGCAGCCACUGCCAUGGCCAACACGACAUCGGCCGCUGCUGCCAUGCUACUGUCCGGCUCCACCACCAGCAAGGAUACCCCAACCUCCGCCAACCCCGGCUACUUCCCCUCGCUCCCUUACCCCUCCACCAUGGCCACUCUGUCUGCCUCCGCUCCUUUCCCCACCAUCACCCUCGACUUGACCCAAAACCAUAAUCCCAUGCAACUCUUCCCGCGCACGCCGCCUCCGGCCUCGGCCACAUUCCCUCUUCCCUUGCAUGGCUAUGCAGCGCAGAUAAUGGGGCAGCUGCAACACUCCAUGAAAUUACCAGCAAUGCCUUUGGUGCAACUAGGAGUAGGGCAGAGGCACGCGUCCUUGGUGGAGAGCGUCAGCGCUGCCAUCGCUUCUGACCCAAACUUCACCACCGCACUCGCGGCAGCUAUUUCGACGGUGAUGGGCGGCGCGCCACCGCGCAACGGCCCAGAUGGCAAUAGCAAUGCUAACAACAACAACAACAACAACAACAGUGGGAAUAAUCACUUUCUUCCUGCUGGGGUUGGUGUGCUUCCCGGGUCCCCACAGCUUCCUCAAUCCUGCACCACUUUCUCCACCAACUGAGCUUAUUUUUCCCUGACUCGCUCUAUAUGCCUAGCAGGAAAAUAUGCUACUAGGUCGGGGAAUACGAUGGAAUAAUUACGGUCAAGAAAAUUAUACACCUAUGUGGAAGGACACGAAAGGCCGAUGGAGAUCAGGGAGGUGAACUCAUGUCUCUCCCUUUUCGGAGAUGAAGGUCAUAGAGACUCAGAUUUGCUGAUCAUGUUUGGAUGCAGCAGCCACUGCCAGUGCUUCUUUGGUGUUGAUGGGUGAUUGUGGGUUAGAGAUUAGCCAGCUUCUAACUUCUCGGAGACCCGCGGAGCACAUUUGCCCUUGGCUGGCAUUGUCUUUCCCCUGAAUCCAUCAGCCUUUUCUUUUCUUGAAUUCUUGGUGAUGAUCUUUCUUUGUCUUUGCUCUCUCUUUUUUGGCCGCCGAAGGUAUGUUUUUCUUUGGUGCAAUUGCUUCAUGUAUGGGGGGUUUUUGCAUCUUUUAAAAGCUUAGGAUUGGGGUAUAAUCUAAGGUAGAAACUCUUGGAAGGAACGAGUACUUGGAGAAAAACAAAUAUAUACCUGAUCUUGUACAUCAAGUAAUAAAGAUCAGAGCCUUGCAGGCU